GCGCAUACAAAACAACGGACACAGAGAGCAAACUCGGCGCCGAUUAAAAAGCCGACGCCGACUUGUUUUAACCCCUGUUUGGUUCGGCCCCUGUUGGGAAUCCACAUGCAGUAGAAGCGCCACUCAAAACGCUCCCCCGAUUUUAAAAACCCACUGAAAAGAUUCGAACUUGAUCCGAUUCCCAUCGACAAACCGCGGUUUCGGCGCUUCACUGAGUAAAUUGUGUCGCGGUUUCAAGAUGCGAUCUUUUUAAAUCAGAACCCGGCCAUUGUUGCAGAUAAGCGCGAAAAUUUGACCGGGCAUCGAAGAUGCUGGAGAAGGAGGGAUUGAACAUCGAAAAGGUGAUCGGCGAAUUCGAAGAGCUCACGAAGAACGCUGUUGAAGUUCAGAGAGAGACCUUAAAGAGAAUCCUCGAGGAGAACGGCGAAACCGAGUAUCUGCGGAGUUUGGGUCUAAGAGGAAGAGUUGAUCCAGGGAGUUUCAAAUCAUGUGUCCCAUUAAUUACACACAAGGAUAUAGAGCCUUAUAUACAGAGAAUUGCAGAUGGGGAUUCUUCUCCUAUCCUCACUCGGAAACCAGUGACCAAGAUAUCACUUAGUUCCGGUACUACGCAAGGGAAGCCCAAGUAUUUGCUGUUCAGCGAGGAGUUGGUGCAUUCGACAAUGCAGAUAUACCGAAUAUCAUAUGCUUUCAGAAACAGGGAAUUCCCUAUUGAACCUGGAAAAGCACUUCAAUUCAUUUACAGCAGCAAACAGUUUGUAACCAAAGGCGGGCUCAUCGCCACGACCGCGACGACUAACGUAUACCGCAGUGAGCAAUUCAAGUCCACUAUGAAGGAUAUCCAGUCCCAAUCUUGCAGCCCCUUCGAAGUCAUAUUCGGCCCCGACUUCCACCAGUCCCUGUACUGCCACCUCCUCUGCGGACUAAUCUAUUCAGACGAAGUUCGAUUCGUAUCUUCUACAUUCGCACACAGCAUCGUUCACGCCUUUCGAACCUUCGAAGAAAUCUGGGAAGAACUGUGUAAUGAUAUAAGAGGAGGAGUUCUCUCCUCGAGAAUCACUAUUCCAUCUAUAAGGGAAGCUGUUUCCAGUCUCUUAAGCCCGAACCCCACCCUAGCCGAUUCGAUAUACGAGAAAUGCGUGAGCUUGAGUAACUGGUACGGAGUGAUCCCCGAACUUUGGCCUAACGCUAGAUACGUGUAUGGAAUCAUGACGGGCUCGAUGGAACCGUAUUUGAAGAAACUGAGGCAUUAUGCAGGGAAUCUACCGUUGGUUAGUGCGGAGUAUGGGGCUUCCGAAGGAUGGAUCGGGACUAGUGUCGACCCGAAGUUGCCUCCCGAGUUGACAACUUUUGCUGUGCUUCCCGAUAUCGGCUAUUUUGAGUUCAUUCCCUUGAAACCGAAGGUCGAGGCGAGGGAAUUGGAGACAAGCGAUUCGCAUGCGGAAUUAGAACCGGUCGGUCUAACCGAAGUUCAAGUUGGCAAAGAGUACGAGAUCGUCGUCACCAAUUUCGCAGGAUUGUAUCGAUACCGACUAGGCGAUGUUGUGAAAGUCGCGGGUUUCCACAACUCGACACCGAAGCUCAAAUUCGUAUGCAGGAGGAACCUCCUGCUGUCCAUCAACAUCGACAAGAACACCGAGAAGGACCUCCAGUUAGCUGUCGAGGAAGCCUCCAAGCUGCUAGCGGCGGAGAAGCUCGAUCUAGUCGACUUCACGAGCCAGGCCGACAUGUCCACGGACCCGGGCCACUACGUAAUCUUCUGGGAACUGAGUGCUGAUAAUGCCCCAAAGGAUGUGCUACAAAGCUGCUGCGAUUGCCUGGACCGCGCGCUGAUCGAUGCGGGCUAUGUCGGGUCGAGAAAGAUCAAAUCUAUCGGGCCCCUCGAGCUCCGCAUUGUUCGAGGAGGGACAUUCCAGAAGAUUCUUCACCAUUUCCUGGGCCUCGGGGCCGCGGUGAGCCAGUUUAAGACGCCGCGAUGCGUCGGACCGGCGAACGCAAACGUUUCGCAGAUUUUAUGUGAUAAUUGUAUUGAGAGCUUUUUUAGCAAUGCGUAUUAUUGAUACAUGUUAGUAUGAAAUAUCAACUCAUCAUCUUAUAAUUAAUAAAAUGUGUUUGAAUGUGUUGGGGAA